AGGAAAUCAAAUGGCGAUGGAUCGAGAUCACGAGCUUGAAGAAGGGGUAACUGUAGAGGAGGAAUUUGGAUCAAGCUGUCAAACGAGUCCACAAGACAAACGAGAAGUGAUACGCGAACUUAUUGGUGUGAUUCACACCGUUGGAUCGUAUGAAGAGUAUAGGAGAUCACAGAGAGAGGAAUGUCAUAAUCUCUCUGAAAGAUUGAAGCUUUUAUUACCUCUUUUCGAAGAGAUUAGAGAUUUCGAAGGACAGAUCCCUGAAUCGAGUAUCGAAUGUUUGAUGAAAUUGAAAAAGGCAUUUUCGUCUGCGAAGAAAUUGUUAAAAACUUGUCAUUGUGGAAGUAAAAUUUAUCUGGCCAUAGAAAGUGAGGCUGUUAUGGGAAGAUUCUAUUCUGUGUAUGAAAGAUUAAGUCAAGCUCUGGAAAACAUACCUUAUGAUGAUUUUGGAAUUUCAGAUGAAGAGAAAGAACAGGUGGAGUUACUGAGAGGGCAAUUUCGAAGAGCUAAGAAGCGAAAUGAUAGUCAAGACAUGGAACUCACCAUGGAUUUGAUGGUUGCACUAUCUACAAAUGAUGAUAGGAAUGCAGAUAGUGCUAGCAUAGAUAGACUAGGAAACAAGCUAGGUUUGCGUACUCUCGAGGACCUAAAGGUAGAAACAAUAUCAGUACGAAGAGUAGUUAAAGAAAGAAAAGGUCGUCAUGCAGAAGAGACGCAAAAAAUAGUAGGUCUUCUAAACAAAUUCAGAAGUUUUGCAGGACUUGAAGAAAUUGAACCGUUGAUGAUUAAAGUUCAUGAGAAAUCCACUUCUUUAGCAAUUCCAAAUGAAUUUCUCUGUCCGAUCACAUUAGAGAUUAUGGUGGAUCCUGUUACUGUCUCAACCGGUCAGACAUAUGAAAGAGAGAACACACAACAUUUGUUGGAUUCCGGUUGCCAUACAUGUCCGAAAACCGGGAAAAAUUUGGAGCACUUGUCCUUAGCCCCAAACUUUGCUCUGAAGAAUUUGAUCCAACAAUGGUGUGAGAAGAACAAUUUUCAGCUUCCUCAAAAGCAAGAACCUCCAAAACCCGAGAGCCUCUCGGAUGAAAGUGGUGAACAAGUUUUGUCCUUGAUUCAAGAUUUAUCCUCUAGUCAUUUAGAAGUGCAGAGAAAGGCUGUGAAAGAGAUCAGGAUGCUUUCGAAAGAAAAUCCUGAAAAUAGGACAUUAGUAGUGAAUCGCGGAGGAAUCCCACCACUCGUGCAUCUACUAUCCUAUCCAGAUUCAAUAAUUCAGGAACAUGCUGUGACGGCUCUUUUGAACCUAUCGAUUGAUGAAACAAAUAAAAAACUUAUAUCGAAAGAAGAACCUAUUUUAGCCAUAAUUGAGAUAUUGCAGAAUGGAAAUGUUGGUGCUAAAGAGAACUCUGCAGCAGCAUUGUUUAGCUUAUCUAUGCUGGAUGAAAACAAAGAAGCUAUAGGUUUGUUAAACGGUAUCCCACCAUUGAUAGAAUUGUUAAAAAAUGGUACAAUCCGAGGUAAGAAGGAUGCAAUAACUGCAUUAUUCAACCUUUGUUUAAAUGAGCAGAACGUUCGUUUGGCAAAUGAAGCUGGGAUUGUAGCACAGUUGUUUCAGUUACUCGAGAAGAAAAACUUAGAGAUGGUUGAUGAGGCGUUAUCUCUAUUGUUACUUCUUGCAACACAUCAAGACGGAAGGCAAGAAAUGGGAAAACUUACAUUCAUUGAAACACUCGUUAAUCUGAUGAGAGAUGGCACUCCAAAGAACAAGGAAUGUUCAGUGGCGGUGCUUCAUAGGUUAAGCAUACACAAUUCAAAUCAUAUGCUCGCGGCACUUCAGUAUGGUGUGUAUGAGUAUUUAGUAGAGAUUGGUGAGAGUGGGACUGAUAGGGGACAACGAAAAGCUAAAUCUAUAUUGCAGCAUAUGAGUAAAACAGAACAGAUUCCUUGUCUAUAACGCAAGUCGAAUUAGCUGUACU